AUGUCGGUUGCUGCUUCAUCCACUACCAUACUAUCGGAAUAUGAUCCAUCAGGACAAUACUUAGCAUAUGUCACCAUUGCAUUAGAUAAACAACGUCUAACAGUCCAACCAAUAGCUACCAACAUCAUCAAUGAUACAUCUUUAUUGUUAAAUGAUUCAAAUUUGAAAAUUACCUGUAUGAAAUGGUGGUCCACUUCAACGUCUUCUACAACUGACACUGUCACAGCAUCUAUACUUUUAGGUCUAAAUAAUGGUGAAAUUUGGAUCUACUCUCCUGUAUCCAAUGAAAUCAUUUAUAAGCUAUCAACUGAUAACAAUUUCAACCAAAUUAUGGAUAUUGAUUUACAAGAUGAUCAACAAACUCUAUGGUGUAUUGAUUCAACUGAUACAUUUUAUAAUUUUAAUUUGACAGAUUUUAAGUUAAAAUCUUCCUUUAAAAUUGAUAACGCUGUGCAAUUGAACAAAUUAUCAAUAAUCAAUGAUUCACAAUUAUUAGUAGCGUCUCAUCAAAUUUUCCUUAUUGAUAUAAACACAAGAUCAAUAAUUUUCAAUUCUCCUGGUCAUAUAUCUCCUGUCAUAAUAAUGGAAAAGAUACCUUCAUCCAAUUUCUUCAUUACUGGUGCUCAAAAUGAUAGAUUUAUUAAUAUUUAUGAACUAGAUGCCACUACAAUAACAACCAAAACUGUCUUGGUUGGUCAAUCAAAUGUAUUGAAAUUAUCCACUUUCAAUGAAAGUAUCGUAGCAAUAAAUACAGAAGAUGGUAGGAUAGAACUGUUCAAAGAUCCAUUAUCCGUCAGUACUACAACCGCAUCAUUAUCUGGAAGCAAAAAGAGAAGAAAUGUAAAUAAGAAAUCAAAACGUUCAACAACCGUCCUAAAUGUUGUCCCUGACUCUCAAAUGUCUAUACCUUUACAAAUACUACCAUUCAACAUUACCAUUAAUAAUACAUUAUUAAAUUUUGUAUGGUUUCAAAACGCAAUCAUCCCGCAUUUUAAAACAGUCCAAUGGAAAGAAUUAAUUUCAAAUGAAACUGCAUCAAUAUCAGUUCCAAUCACAUCUUCACAAUCCAAUCUUAAAGCAGCUAGUAGUAAAUUGCUUCAUGGUAUAGAUAGAGCAUCCACAAUCACAUACAAAGAAUCAAAUGCACAUAUCUCCUCAGGUGACAACUUCAAAAGAAUAACAGAUUUAAUCAACACUUUAAACGAGCAAGAACAAGAAAAUGAAGAUGAUGAAGAACAAGAAACUUUGGCUGAUAAAAUAUUAUCCCUCGAAUCUAAAUCCAAAUUGAAAUCGAUACCUACCGCAGCCACCAACAAGAAAUCAACAACAACAACAACGACAACAACCGGUACAGUUACCGUAAUCUUAUCACAAGCAUUACAAUCCAACGAUCAUUCAUUAUUAGAAACUGUAUUAAACAAUAGGAACGAGAAAAUCAUUAAAGAAACAAUAAUUAGGUUGAAUCCAAAAUUAGCGAUCAUCCUAUUGGAGAAAUUAUCUGAGAAAAUCUCAAGAAAUUCAAAUCGUUCAUUAACUUUGAACCAUUGGAUUAAAUGGUGUAUCAUCAUCCAUGGUGCUUAUUUCACUAACGUUCCUAAUUUAAACCAUGUUUUGAACUCUUUAUAUGUUGUAUUGAAGAGGAAGGCUCAAUUGUUACCAAGAUUGCUGGCUUUGGAAAUUAGAUUAGAUGCCACUUUGAAUAAGUUGAAUAUUGAUAACGGUGAUAACGAUAUAACGUUAGAUGAACUCGAAGAACAAGACGAAGAUGAUGUUGAUGUUGAAUACAAUGAAGAACUAGACGAUGCUGGUUUAAUAGAUGAUGGUGAAGAAGAUUAUUACUCUUCUGAUGAAGACGAAGAUGAAGAUGAAGAUGAAGACGAGAAUAAUGAAGCGGAUGCAGUCGGAUAUGCAAAAAUCGGAAAAGAAAACCAUCAAGAUGAUGAAGAAGAUAAUGAUGGAAAUAGUGACGUUGAAAUGGUGUAG